UCGAUCUGUGAAACCCAGUCAGUCAUUUGAUUCGAUGCCGCCCGCUGGUCAUACGGAUACAAGCUUCUGGGAUGCAGCUGCCUCGGAUUUCUUCUCGUUUCUGGAGCGCGGUGAUGGCGGCGAGGAGUAAGGGAUUUCGCCACGAGAGCGGAGAGAGUGCCGAUUGCGGUGAGGCGAAUGGAGGCAAUCAGUUCCCUUCGGUGAUUUCAUGUGGGUUGGGAAAAGGGAUUGUGGGUGUAGGAUUGGAGAUCGUGAGAUAGUACCUCAGUCGGCGCUGAAACUGGGUUUUUGAGUUAAGGAGAUGAAGGAGGGUGUGGAGUCCCGGGUGCUUGCUUCGGAGAGUGAGGAGGAGAGGGAAAUGCGGAUCCGGAAGUUGUUUGAGGCAUUCGAUAGUGGGAAGUGCGGGUACUUAGAAAGCACGCAGAUUGAAUCUGGGUUGCAGUCAUUGUCCUUUCCGUUUCAGCGGAAGUAUGUGUUGGAGUUGCUUGAGGCAUGCGAUGCCAAUCGCGAUGGGCGCAUAGACUUCGCCGAAUUCCGGCGUUAUGUGAACGACAAGGAGAUUGAGUUGUUUAACCUCUUUGAGGCCAUUGAUGUCUCGCGUGACGGUGUGCUUCAGCGUGAGGAGCUGCUAUUUGCUCUUCGCAAUGCAGGAGUUCAAUUGGGAGACCAGGAGCUGGAUGCGUUCCUGCAACACAUUGACCAGGAUAAGAAUGGGCACAUCACAUUUGGGGAAUGGCGUGAUUUUUUGUUGAUGUACCCGCAUGAGGCCACGUUGUCUAACAUCUAUCAAUACUGGGAGAAAAUCUCCUUAGUGGACAUCGGCGAGCAAGCUGUCAUCCCAGAGGGCAUUGAUGAGCACAACAGGAUGCGGUUCCUGUUGGCAGGUGCUGUGGCGGGUGCAAUGAGCCGCACUGCGACGGCUCCUCUAGACCGGCUGAAGGUGAUGCUUGCGGUCCAGACCCACAGUACCACCUCCAGUAUCAUGCAUGGCUUAACGCAUAUAUAUCAAAAAAAUGGUGUCAUUGGGUUCUUCCGUGGCAACGGUCUAAACGUCCUGAAGGUGGCUCCGGAAUCGGCAAUUAAAUUUUAUGCGUAUGAAAUCAUGAAAAGUGCACUGGUUGGUGAUGAGAAGCAUGGAGAAAUUGGAACCUUGGGUCGGUUGGUUGCAGGGGGUUCCGCAGGUGCUAUUGCGCAGACGAUCAUUUAUCCUUUAGACUUGUUGAAGACGCGUCUGCAGUGUCACAAUGAGCCUGGAAGAGCGCCACGUUUAGCCAAGUUUACAUAUGACAUUUUAAUUCACGAAGGUCCGAGAGCUUUGUACAGGGGCCUUUUACCAUCUCUCCUAGGCAUAAUCCCUUAUGCUGGCAUUGACCUGACUACGUAUGAAACUUUGAAAAUCAAGGCUCGACUGUUACUGCCGCCGGGUACUGAGCCGGGGCCCUUUGUGCACCUAUGCUGUGGCACUUUCUCUGGAGCUUUUGGAGCCACGUGUGUCUAUCCCCUACAACUCAUUCGUACAAGAUUGCAAGCACAAUCUUCCAAGUCAAAUGAAAGGUACACAGGUAUGGUGGAUGCUUUUCGACACACUUAUCGAAAGGAAGGCUUGCGAGGCUUCUACAAGGGAUGGUUGCCGAACAUGCUGAAAGUGGUGCCAUCUGCUAGCAUUACAUACCUUGUGUACGAGGAUAUGAAGACUCGAUUGUCAAUCAAGUAAUUGCUUUAAUAACCUUGAUCAUGUUCAUAGAUUGUAGGAUAUUAAUGUGUUUGUAUCCAAACUGUAGCAUUUCAGAGCUGAUUGUUAAGAGUAACAUAUUGAGCAAACGCUGUCGAAUAUAAGUGUCAAAUCCACUUCACUUUAUUCCAGCAUCACAAAGUACAAAAUAUAAAGUAUUCACGAAGCAAUCCGACAUGGCUUCCAAUGGAUAGUGUGUCAUGAUUUCAUUCA